AUGACUCCACAGCUCAGUCGACCCUGUGAGGCGCUGAGGGCUGAUGAAGCCUUGUCGCUGAGCCGUGCAGACAGCAAGUGGUGCGUCGAACUGGCGCAACCUACCAUUUGGCAAAGAUAUCUGAAUGGACCGCCUGAUCUGCUUGCCCGACCAGUGCUUUCAGACGGCAAUGCCGGGGCGCUGUUCACUGGACCGUCAGUCCACCCCGAGAACUACCGCGCCAUCGUGGCUGCGUUGCGGAAGCCUGGCUGGUUCCGGCACUACAGAGGCAUGAAGAGACUGGCUGAUGUGGGUCAGCUGAAAGAGCAGCUUGGCGGUCCACAUGGGACCAUGCAGGCACUACGACAUGACCUGAGAGCCCAAGCUCUCGGGCGGCAGCUCCAGGCGCGCUGGAGUGCCGCGUGUGAAGCACGAACCCCCACAAAGAGGCCCCGGAGGCGGGAGAUCGCAACUCCACCGAAGAGACGGCGAGCUUCAUCGCAAAUGCUACGAACUCCAAAGAAAGCUGCGAAACCAUCUGUCACAGACCUGGCCUCCAGACUCAAGGCCACGCCAUCGGCUCGACCACCAGCUCCUGAGAAGCUGCCCAGUCGUCCAGUUUGCGCGGCACCUUCCUCCUCUUCCUCUUCUUCCUCUUCCUCUUCAUCGUCCUCAUCGUGCUCAUCACGCUCCUCAUCCUCAUCCUCGCGCUCCCCGGGUCCAUGCAGGGAGCCUCGCACUCCUCCUCGGACACCUUCUCGGCAGAGUCGCCGGAUGCCAUCUAGGACACCUCCUCGCGUCGCGCGACCAAUGGUGCAGGCAGUGGGCUGCAGCACGCUUCGGUCAGCUACAGGCAGUUCUCAUGGACGGCCAUGUGAACUCACUCCAACCAAGAGCAGCCAAAUGAGCAUGUUGCUGCGUAACCCAAGUCCAGCUCAGAGGAAAGUCUGA